AAGAUGGGGAAGAAGAGCCGAGUAAAAACUCAGAAGUCAGGUACAGGAGCCACAGCGACAGUUUCUCCAAAGGAAAUGUUGAAUCUAAUUAGUGAGUUAUUGCAAAAAUGCAGCAGUCCUACCCCAGGCCCUGGGAAGGAAUGGGAAGAAUAUGUGCAAAUUCGUUCACUUGUUGAGAAAAUUCGCAAAAAGCAAAAAGGUUUGUCUGUUGUCUUUGAUGGAAAAAGAGAUGACUAUUUCCCUGAAUUGUUAAAGUGGGCAACUGAAAAUGGAGCAUCCACAGAAGGUUUUGAAAUAACUAACUUUGAAGAGGAGGGGUUUGGUUUGAAAGCAACAAGAGAGAUAAAGGCUGAAGAGCUGUUUCUGUGGGUUCCUAGAAAACUGUUGAUGACAGUUGAGUCAGCUAAAAAUUCAGUAUUAGGAUCCCUGUAUUCUCAAGAUCGAAUUCUUCAAGCCAUGGGCAAUAUAACAUUGGCAUUCCAUCUUCUUUGUGAGCGAGCCAACCCCAGCUCUUUCUGGCUGCCCUACAUCCAGACACUUCCCAGUGAAUAUGACACUCCUCUCUAUUUUGAAGAAGAUGAAGUGCAGUAUCUUCAGUCAACUCAGGCCAUACAUGAUGUUUUUAGCCAAUAUAAAAAUACAGCUCGACAAUAUGCCUAUUUCUACAAAGUUAUUCAGGUAAGCAUCUUAAAUGUAGUACAUAGUAUAUGUUGUUCUCAUGAUGAUUAUUGAGGAAGGUGUGAAAACAGUGAUGCUAAAUAAUAGAGCACACGUACUUCUCUUAAAGGCUUGAAUCAUUAAAGCUUUUUUUUGAACUGCUGUUAAAAUUUUAUAGUUCAGUAGGCUUAUGAAUAUAUAAGAAUGUAUUUAGUUGAUGGAGAGGAGUGAUUACUGCUCUGUUUGGCAUUGGGUGAGGCUUCAUCUGAAUACUGUACAAGUUGGGCCCACCAGUACAAGAGACAUGUUGACAAACUGGAAUUAGAUCAGAGGAGAGAUACUAAAGAUGUCGUUUGCUUCAGCCAUACGAGGAGAGAUUGAAGGUGCUGGAUUUGUUUAUUCUGGGGAAAAGGAGAUAAGGGAUGAUCCAGUUAUUGCUUUCUACUUGCUACUGGUACCCACACUCCCAAAGUUUGCCUGUGGGAAGUUGGACUAGGUGACCUGCAGAGAUCUGCAAUGUAUGCCUCUCUGACUCUUUGAGAAAUGUAUAGUUUGCAGUAAACAAAGUAAAAUUAUAAUUGUUAAUUGACAUAGAAUAAAACCAUUGCAUAUGCUAUAUUUCCAAUGACCGUGGAUUAACUGUUGUUUUCUAUUCUAUUUAACAUAAUUAUUUUGAUUGCUUUCAAACACAAAGAUAAAACCCAUCUGGUAACAAUUUGAGUAUGGGAAGGCUUGAGAUGGGUGAACUUUUCAUCAUGUUAUGAAAUAAUGAUUUAAAUUGAGUUUCUAAGAUAGAACUGUUACUCUGAUGUCUAGACAUAAUUGAUGUUGUAAGUAAAUGGUGAUGUGUUGUUGUCAAGGUACUGCUCAAUGUCCAAACAUCCCAAGCUUUUUGUGGCACAAUCUGUGUAAAAAGCAUAUGACUCUAUGUACUGAAUUUCCUCGAUUGUGUAAUCUGGAGACAUUUUUUGGCCAUAGGAGAGGUCAGAAGACAUAAAGCAAUUCUAUUUUCCUUUAGUUUUAUCAGAGUUCCAUAGCUUUUCUGUUAACUGUUUUAAGGCACCGAAAGUUAAAUUACUUUGCGUAGCUGUUUGGUGCUUGAAGAAUUUCAUGUCUUACAAACACAGUGUCAAUUUACCACGUAUAAGGAGCAGAGGGAUACAUUUUGAAAACUGUAAAGUCAUUGAAAAUAGUGGGUGAAAACCAAAUAAGAUGCACUUCAUUUGAGGUGAGGAAUAGGGGAGGAACAAUGACUUUAAUAUGAGGAAGGAACAAAAUUCUUCCUUCCAGGUCUCACAAUUCAGGAAACGAUGGCUUAGCCAACUCCCUUUUCUUGCCAUGUGCUAUUCUAGGCUGCCAGUCCACACUUGACCUUCCAGCUUUUCACUUUUUUUUUUCUCCAAGUACAUUGCCUGAGCAAACAGAACUCCUAAAUUUUAUUUCUUUAGAAUAUCUUUUUACCCCUAAAUAGUUCUACUGCUUUUAAAGAGUUAUUAGCAGAAUAGUGUGUAACAUUAUCCAGUUCUUCCAUCUGCUAUUCAUGCUCUUGCAGUACUUAAUCAGAUAGAUAAACUAUCCCUAUGGCUAGUUCCAUCAUUUUCGUUGACUAAUCCUGCACUAGUGGAGGUUUAUGUGAGAGGUUAUGUGGUCAUAACAUUAAUUAAAAAAGACCCUGAAAUACAGUUUUACAAAGAAAUGAGAUCUGGAAUGAAAUCCUGGGUUUUGACUGCAAUGUUUCCAGUAUUUCAGAACCUCUUCUCAGUGAUUGAUGAAUACAUGUAGACUGAUAUCAAAGCGAUGCAAACCCAACUGAAGAAUGUAUAUAAAAUUCAGUGGCGUAACAUCAGUUGAAGCAUGAGAUACCUAUUAUCUGAAAAGCAGCUUAAAUCUUUGUCAAAACACUUUUUGUUUAUGAAAGUUUCGUGUGGCACAUGAUCUGCUUAAGGAAGGCAAACACAUGCUAUUUCUUUUACUGUCUCUUAGAGCUAAUCAAAGAUGACUUGUAAAGCAUUUAAGCUAAUGUGGUCAAAGUAAUGUCUCACUAAAAAAUGAUGUCUAUUUCCCAUCAAAGUCCAUGCUGUUGACUGUUAAGAGUAAGAAAAGCUACAGUUUGAGCAAAGAAAAUAAUGUGUGUGAGAUGACUUUAGGGGCAGACUGUCUGUAGAACCCCAGUGAUGGUGAUGUGCUGUACAUGAUAACAAGCCUUUGAUACUCUGCACUGUUACAUUUUCUGUUUUACAUUUGCAAUUCUAUGGAAGCUGAUAUGGCAGCUCAUGGAGGAAGACUUCUCAGUCUGAUAUUGUUGAGACUGAUUCAGUUUGGUUUGA